AUGAGCUAUUUCCAAAAGUCUAAGGUUGCUCUUCUGAGGGGUUUUGAUACCUCGCCCCAGGGGCCCCCAACACCCUGGGGACCAGCAAAGCUCCCCGCGUUCCCCGACCCCCAGCCCCCAGGACCCCGCGCGCCCCCACCCCGCGCCCCCUGCCCGCCGUCCCUGGAAACUGUCCUCCACGCACCGCUCCCCGCUGCCCCACGGGCCGGGCAACGCCGCCCGACACCGCAGCUCAGAGAGGCUCUCCGCCCCCGGACCCGCUCCCGCCCGCUCUCCCGGCCCGCGCACGCGCCAGAAGCGCCUGAUCCGCGCGUGUCUCCCGCACACGCGUGUGUCCUCCCGGGGGUGUCUCCCCGGGCUCGGGCGCCCACCCGGGGCGGCGCCCACGCCCCUGCGCGGCCUCCGCAGCGCCGCCCCGAGUCCGUCCCAACCCGCGAGCGCGCUCCCCGCGGCCUCAGCCCGCUCAGCGCGCGGCUGCCGCGUCCAAACUCGCCGCCCGCGUUUCCACGCGGGAGCAAAGCGCGGACCGCGCGGCGCGGGGAAGAAGCCGGGAGGCUCCGCGCGCAGUGGCAGCUCCAGGAGCCCCGCGAGGCCGCCCGCGGCGGCUCGUCCGCCGUCCGCGCGGCCGGAGCGCGGCCUCUGCCCGGGUCGCGCGCGCAGACGCGGGGCGCGCUGCCUGCUGCCGCGGGGAGGCGGCUGCGGCGCGAAGGGGGCGCGCGAGGGCCCCGAACACGCACCACGCGGACGGGGGCACAGGGGGGAAAACUCAGACAAGCCCGACAGAGUAAACGCUCAUGA